UUCCACCGUUCCUUCUCUGUACGUGUUAUAUCGCACGUUGUAUAUCGUUUUAUUGAUCUCUUUUUCCUCCCCCUGCUCCCUCUCUCUCUCUCUCUCUCUCUCUCUCUCUCUCUGUCUCUCUCUCUCUCUCCCUCCCUCUCUCUCUCUCUGUCUCCCUACAGACGAGCCCAUCUGCGGUUGUGUUUGGAGCGGUUAAAGUCCCUCAUUCCUCUGGGCCCUGAAUGCAACCGACACACCACCCUGGGGCUGCUCAACAAAGCCAAGUCCCACAUUAAGAAACUUGAAGAGGCAGACCGUAAGAGCCAGUACCAGCUGGAGUCUCUGGAGCGAGAGCAGCGUCACCUGCAGCGCCAGCUGGACCUGCUGCAGGGAGGAGAGGGGGCCGGGGAGGGGGACAGGAUACGCAUGGACAGCGUGGGCUCCACUGUCUGCUCCGAGCGCUCCGACUCUGACCAAGAGGAGAUCGAGGUGGACGUGGAGGGCACUGAGUUCUCCCACGGGGAGCUGGACAGCGUGAGCACGGGCAGCGCCAGCGACCUGGACGACCACAGCAGCCUGCAGAGCCUGGCCAGCGACGAGGGCUACUCCUCCUGCAGCGUCAAGCUGGCCUUCUCCUCCUCCUCCUGCUAGGCCCCGCCUCUCCCUCCCCUUAGGCCCCGCCCCCUCAACGCCAGCACCGCACCGGUCACCCACACCAAAACGUCCCCCACACCCCCUCCUGUCGCCUAGCCUGUCUAUCCUCCCGCAUCCUGCAGUCUCGACCCACCCCCCCCCCACCCCCUCGUUGUCCCCGUGGCAACUCUGUCACCUGGCAACUUACACCCUCCUGUGAGCGACGAGGGUGACUUACAACUCCGCCCCCCCAGGCUCUUGCCUUCCCUUCAGCCACCUGGACACGGGAACAGGCCAGGACCAGAGAUCUGCCCACAGAACAGCACUCAGAUCCACCUCACGCACACCGCUCCAAAGUCGCACAACCCCAAACACAGCAACAAUGCUGAAGUUCCCCUUUUCAAAAAAAAAUAAAGAGAUUACAUUUCACGCUCUUCAAAGUAUACGUUUUGCUGACGCUGGUUUUUCAAAGAAAACACAAACCUUCUUCUUCUUCUUUUACCACAAAUGCAUUUGAAAUGUUUUACCACGGUAUACAUGUUCUGUAGUGUUCUGUGGGCCCCUCAGCUCCUAGUGCAUUUGUUCUGCCAGAACAAAACGAGGCAGUGUCAGCUGGACAUUUGCUCUGAACACUGUGGAGAGAGUGGUCGCCAAGUCUUCUCAUCAUAUCAACAUGUCUCCCCCUGUCCCCCGUCCCCCCUCACGUGCUCCCGUCCUCGUCCAAUCCCCCUCUUCCUCUUCUCUGCUUCGUCCUAUCAGAGCUCUGGAUUGUGGAACCGGUGCUAUGUGAAACAGUCACUGAAGUGCAGAUCAAACAAAACUACAAAAAAAAAAAAACACCAAAUGCUCUGACAACAAUCUCUUAUCUGCCAUGAACGAUGUUAACCACACCAAGCCUAGAGAGAUGAAGACAGAGUGUGAGGGAGAUGCGAAUACGAUGCAUUCCCCCCCUUUCGAAUGUGGGUGCUCUGUACAUUUUCAGCGAGUGGAAUCGUAAAAUGUUUUUAUUUUUAUUUUUCGUCAACAAGCAGCUACCACACAAGUUAUCCUGCACUUGCCUACUUCAGAGCUCUCCAUUGAAAACCUGGCACAAUUCUAAAAGAAAAAGAAAGAAAAAAAACUACAACAAACUUUUGGAAUAGUUGUUCAUCCUCUAUCCAGCAGUAACAAGCAAUAACUCUUGUAGUAGGUUUAUUUUGUCUGAAAGGUUUUUAAACUACUCCCUUUUUUUCCUCUCUCUCUCUCUUCGAAGACACAGUGAAUCUGUGUGACCGUCCAAAAGCAAAUUCAACUUGCUUAUUUUUUGUACAUACAUACAAAUAGCUUAAUAAAUGAAAGGUGAAAAAAAGGAGUAAACGGUAGAUCUCAAGGAUAGACCUGUUGCCUCUGUUGCUGUUUGACAUGUGUUUAUUGUGCAUUUUAAAUUAUAUUUUUAAAAAGAUUUAUUCUCUUCAGAGUGGCAGUGAAUGAUGUGGCAUGGACAGUAUUGCUUUGUUCAUUUUGCAGGUUGAAACGUUCAAAAGUUAUAUUCUGUAGCUGCCCUAAGAGAGAACUCAAAAACUAAAAGUUACAUUUGAGUACUUAAGUUCCUACACUUAAGUUCAAAACAACAAGACGGAACAAUUUCUCUGUGGUCGCUAAGACCAACCCCAGGACUUCUAUUGAUACAUGCUUAGUUUGCAAGGCACUAUAUUUAUUAGAAAAGAAACAAAUGUUUUUCUUUAUUUUUUAUUAUAAUUUUUUGUCCUCCUUCCUCAAAAAGCUGUAUGGCAUUCCACUAGUGGUAUAUCAUGAGUUCAUGAGUUGUAUCCCCAAGGUGACAUAACAUCAGGGUGAGUGAUUGUCAUUGACUUGUUUACGAUGUCACCAGCUGUUUUUAUGACAUCAUCAGCUGGGUAUUAUGUUGUGAAUGAUAAGCUUUAUGACAUCAGAGACUGCUUAUUAAGUCUCAUGGUUACUGAGAUCAUCAUCCUCAUCCUUAAUUGCACUUCUCAAAGUUUCACCAAUUCCGCUACUUUGAUUGCUGGGGAAUCUCCUUGUGAGAAAAUCACCUUGAUUUGAGUUUUUUUGAAGUAAUAUUUAUUUCUUAUCCUUCACAGAACACUGAAAGAAUGAAAAAAAAAAAAAGAAUUAUUAACUUAUUUUGUUUUUUUUUGUCUUAUUCUACUACUUUGAUGCUUAUUCCUCAUUCCCUUGUUUUAAGAAUUGUAUAUGUUAAAAUGAAAUAUUACUUUGGGGACAAAAAAAAAAAUGGUGUAGCCAUUUAAUUUGAUUUCUGUUUCACUGUUAAUUCUUUUCUUCUUUGAUGGACACUUGAAAUGUUGUGGGCCUCUACGCUGCUUGUAGUGCUGGGCCCAGCCCGUGUGGUACCCCUGGCCCCGUACCCCACCAGCUCCUGGGACCCUGCCUCCACUCACACCCGGCUGGAAGGGGUGGAUGUAUAGGCCUAAAAGCAAAAUGGAGAAAGCUGACCUUCACCAACAUGAUUUGCAUAUCUGCUCUGAAGCAAGGCUUUUCUCCACUCCUUCCUAUACCCAUCCUGUCAUGUAAGAUCUGUUCUAGCUAGCAUGGAUGUCCACUAAGCAGGGUCCAAGGGGUUGGGUUUGAACGGGACCUACCACAGCCAAGUCUAAUUGGCUAAUACUGAGCCGGCUACUAUACAAUAUAGGGGCUAAACUCCGCCCUCCUGCAGUGGGAGGGAUGCAGUCUCUAUUAGACUUCUAAUGUUUUUAGUCAACAAAAUGUGUCUUACAUUUACCCAGCCUCACAUUGAAACAAACCAGUAGGGUCUCCAAGGAAAGACAUUAUACUCGAGGGGGAUCGUGAGAAAGUUAGAGUUGGGGUCCGGGUCUUGUCCUCUGUCUCUCUCUGUCUCUCUCUGUCUCUCUCUCUGUCUCUGUCUCUCACUCUCUCUGUCUCUCUCUGUCUCUGUCUCUCUCUGUCUCUCUCUCUGUCUCUCUCUGUCUCGCUCUGUCUCUCUCUGUCUCUCACUCUCUCUGUCUCUCUCUAUCUCUCUCUGUCUCUCUCUGUCUCUCACUCUCUCUGUCUCUCUCUGUCUCUCUCUGUCUCUGUCUCUCUCUGUCUCUCUCUCUGUCUCUCUCUCUCUUUCUCUCUGUCUCUCUCUCUGUCUCUCUCUCUGUCUCUCUUUCUCUCUGUCUCUCUCUCUGUCUCUCUCUCACUCUCCUCGGUUGAGUUUUUUGAUUACUUUUCUAUUCUUUCUCCUCUAUCCACCUUCUUGUCUCUUUCUCUUUUCAUUCAGUCGGUUUUCAACCUGCACUAUUGAGAGAAAAAAAGGGUUUCCAACUCUUCUCUCCCCUGUGUUUUUAGCCAAGGCUUUUCCAGGAAGUAGCCUGAUCCCAAGUCCUUAAGUUACAACCCCCACCAACUGGAAUCAGAAGACGUUCUGCGCGUACUCAACUGGGACCAGUCUAAUACCUAAGAUCAGUAUGUGGGGAUUGUUUGGGGUUUGUGAAAGCACCGCUUGAAUUUUAGGAUUGAAUACUCGAAUGAAUGAACCUGAUCUGAGAUGCUUGUCUGACAAACCUUCCUCCUGUCUAGUUCAGGAGUCCCUCCAGUUGUUUUGAAACUUGUGGCCAUCCUUUGUGAAAAAUGCACUCUGAUGAUAAUUCUAGCUGUGUAAGUUGAAAAAAGAAAAUGCAAUACUUACAAUAAAAACACCAAGAUUGUCAAA